AUGUCGAACAUUCUCAAGCGAAAAAACGAAGAUACAGAUACUGCGGCGAAAGACCAAUUGAAAAAAAGACUUGCUCUAGACAGCGAACAGCUAGAACUAUCAGAAAAGCAACACGAAACAGAACAAACUGCCCCAUUAGUGCACGAUCCGGAUGAAAAUGGCGACCAAACACAAUAUCAAGAUCCAGAAACUGACCCAGAAGGCCCUAAAGUGGAAUCAAGGGAGUCUAACCUCCCAGAGUCGCACCCUGCCAAACCAAUCUACACUGCAAAAGAUAAGGAAGACCCCAAUCUAAGUCUGGUGCGUAUGCUAUGUCCAGUGAAGGAGGCCGCUGCGAUUGUAGGCAAAAAAGGGGAGAAGAUCUCCCAUUUGCGAGAAAAAGCGAACGUUCGCAUAUAUAUAUCUGAGAACCUAAAGAACGUUCCCGAGAGGGUAGUCACGAUCAAAGGUUCUGCCGAGAAUGUAGCUAGGGCUUUUGGACUCGUCACAAGAACAAUUCUAGAAGAGCCAGAAGAUGAGCCGGCCUCUGUCUCCAGCAAGCAGUACGUGAUGAAGCUACUAGUUCCACACCCAAUGGUGGGAUAUCUCAUAGGCAAGGGAGGCCUGAAUUUCCGGGAGAUUGAGGAGAAGUCUGCUGCAAAGCUCAAAGCUUCAGAACAGCCCAUGCCCUUUUCCACAGACAGAAUCUUGUCUGUUUCUGGUGUCGCUGAUGCAAUUCACAUCGCACUCUACUUCAUCUGCCAGACCAUGCUCAGCCAAAAGGAUAACGUCAAAAAGCAUAAAGUAAUAUUCUACAACCCCGCAAAUGCGCGCCAUCACCAGCCUAUGGGUCCAGGGCCAAUGAUGAGUAUGCCUAUGGGAAAUGGUCCUCACCCUUACAUGUCCCACUCACUGAUGCCAAUGCAUGGCAUGGGACCAGGACCAGGACCGAACGCGGGCAUGAACCCGCAAAAACCGUACAAUUUCCAAAUGAUGUUUCAGCCUACAGCGCGUCCGCAAUACGACCCUCCCGCGCAACCUAUGGGUGCUCCAGUACCCGUGCCUACGCAAAAUUCGUUCACAGAUGAGCAUGGGAACACACUUGUAGGUGAUGUUAUCACGAAUAUACCAGUGCAAGUAAGCUCAAACCCAGACAAAUUCACACAGGAUGUGUACGUUGCAAACAUUAACAUUGGUUCUGUCAUCGGAAAAGGCGGAAACAAUAUCAAGCAGAUCCGGGAAAUCAGUACUUGUGCAUACGUGAAAAUCGAACCGGACAUGAACCAUUCUAUUCUUCUCGGCGGUGGCAGGGGUAUGACAAGUGUCCGGAAAUUGACCUUGACAGGCACCUACAAUGCGAUACAAUCGGCAAUUUAUCUAAUCAACCAACGUAUCUCCUCUGAUAAGGAGAGAAAUGUUGUUUAA